CUAAAAAGAGAUCCUAUAGUCAUUCUAAUAUCAGAUCAUCAUGAGAAUAAACCAACCAACCAAACAAACCCUUAUCCCACUCAGCAGUAAAGGACGGGGAGGAUAGAGAAUUAGGGACUAGAGAGUAGAAGUAUUUGUAAUGAGAUGACUACUGCCAUAGCAAUUGAGGACGUGAGAAGGGAAGUGAAAAUACUGAGAGCCUUGGCAGGGCAUAGCAAUCUUGUUCAUUUCUACGAUGCGUUUGAAGAUCAAGAUAAUGUUUAUAUAGUAAUGGAGCUGUGUCUUGGUGGAGAACUUCUAGACAGUAUACUUUCAAGGGGUGGAAAGUAUUCUGAAGACGAGGCAAGAGGUGUCAUGAUACAGAUAUUAAAUGUUGUCGCAUUUUGCCAUCUCCAAGGUGUGGUGCACCGUGAUCUUAAACCUGAGAAUUUUCUGUUCUCUUCAAAGGAUGAAAAUUCCCAGUUGAAAGCAAUAGAUUUUGGCUUAUCAGAUUUUGUCCGUCCAGAUGAAAAACUUAAUGAUAUUGUUGGGAGUGCGUACUAUGUUGCGCCAGAAGUUCUACAGAGAUCAUACAGUACAGAAGCGGAUGUGUGGAGUGUGGGGGUGAUAGCGUACAUUCUUUUAUGUGGCAGUCGUCCAUUCUGGGCUCGAACCGAGUCUGGAAUCUUCCGGGCGGUCUUGAAGACCGAACCCAGUUUUGAUGAAGCACCUUGGCCUUCAAUAUCUUCAGAGGCUAAAGACUUUGUCAAGUGGCUGUUAAAUAAAGACCCUCGCAGACGAAUGUCAGCUGCUCAAGCAUUGUGUCAUCCUUGGAUCCGGAAUCACAUCAACGUUAAAUUGCCUCUAGAUAUUCUUGUGUUCAGACUCAUGAAGAGCUAUAUGAGGUCGUCAUCUUUGCGUAAGGCUGCGUUGCGGGCAUUGUCUAAAACAUUGACGGAGGAUGCACUCUUCUAUCUAAAGGAGCAGUUUUCGUUGUUCGAGCCAGACAAAAAUGGCACUAUAAAGUUGGAUAACAUUAAAACUGCUCUGCUGAAAAAUGCCACAAAUGCCAUGAAGGAAUCACGUGUACCUGAUUUACUUGCUGCACUAAACGCGCUCCAAUACAGAAGAAUGGACUUUGAAGAAUUCGGCGCAGCGGCACUAAGUGUCCAUCAGCUGGAAGUUCUUGAUACUUGGGAGCAACAAGCUCACUGCGCGUAUGAAGCUUUCGAGAAAGAUGGAAACCGCGCAAUCAUGAUCGAAGAACUUGCAUCGGAACUGGGAUUAAGUCCAUCAGUGCCAGUACAUGCAGUUCUGCAUGACUGGUUAAGGCACACAGAUGGGAAGCUAAGUUUCCUUGGGUUUGUGAAAUUGCUGAGAGGCCCUUCUACCAGGACACUUGUCAAGGUCCAGUAAACAAAGUCACUUUCCUGGAGGGGCUAUCUUGCUAUUUUUUUUUUCAAAAAACAAAAUAGCAUUCUGCCAAACAACAAAUCUGAAUCACUGUGGCAUAGAAUCUCCAAUCAGUUGAAAAAAAAAUCUCAUUGCUCACAGUUUUUUAUUUACUUAUUGUCAAAUAUUUUUUUCUCUUCAUUGGUGAUAGUCAAAGGGUUUGUCUGAUCAUUCUCCCACAUGAUCCAAAUUAGUAGUGGU